AGACAACUACAGCUUCUCCGGGAUAAUGCUCUAUGAAUUACGCACCUCUGAAUUACGCACCUUCUUGGAUGUCAUUCUAUUAUCGGCAAACUCUUGAGAAACGGGGUGGACAGCUCAGCUGCUCGGCACGGGCCGUCUCCUCUACCCUUUCAACACCCCUCCACUGCGGAGUGUCCUACUAAACCAACUUCAUGACUUCGGCUCUCUAUUUUAUACUCGCCAUACUGCCGUCUUGGUUGGCGUAUCAUUCUUGGCGUUUAUUACGGCUUGUUUUUCAAUCGGUACGAGGCUACAAAUUCAAGAGGGUUUUUUUAUUCGACUUGAGCAAAGCUUACGGGUUGAUCUCUACUCCUCAACCGGAGAUACCAUCAACUCCGUCACCGGUUUGUCUCUCUGCUAGCCGCCCACACAGUGACAAUCCCAAGGUCAUCCAACUUCCAAGGCUUUAUCCAAUAUUUCCUGCCGAUGGGUUGAAAGGCGAUACUACUGUGGACAUCAUCGCAGUCCACGGUAUUGAGACCAUCUCUCCAAAAACAUGGACCGCAUACGAGCGGGACACAGAGCCAAGGGGCCGUUCCUUCUACUGGCUGAAAGAUGCCAACAUGUUACCUUCAGUCGUCAAGGGAGCUCGAAUUUGGGCGUUUGACUACAACUCAAACUAUUCGCAUGAUGCUCAAACAGUGAAAAUUGAUGGCCUUGCUAUGGCCUUAUUAAAUUGUAUGAAGGACAGACGUGGUGACUUUGAGUCGAGAAAAAUUAUCUUCAUUGGAUCCUGCUUUGGUGGCGUUGUGGUUGCUGAGGCGCUAUUGACUGCAUUUCGCGAUGCGGAACGCAAAAAGGCUUUGUUCGAUCAGACGGCUGGUGUCAUAUUCUUGGGAUCACCGCUGCGAGGAACUAAAGCAGCAACUUUCGCGGGCUGGAAAAACCUCAUUUUUGGAAUUCUUGGCCCAGACCAGGAGUCCUCUGAUACGCUUCUUGACGACCUAAAGGAAAACUCUAGCAGGCUAGAAAACCUGGUAGCAGAAUUCGGGAAAUUGACGGUGCGAAGUCGGACGCAGGCAGGAAUUGAGGUACGAUGUUUUUACGAAACUCGAAAAACGCAGGUGUCCAAUGCGAUCAGUCGGAAUUUGCCAGUCAAGGAAAUGCUUCUAGUGGAUAAAGUCUCCGCUUGUUUAGAUUGCCACGAGCACAUCCCACUUGACGUUCGUCACGCAAUGAUGAACAAAUAUCGGGGACCUGAGGACCCAAACUUCAAACUCGUGUCAGGCAGGAUCAAGGAUAUGAUGGAUAAGAUCCGCGCUGAUCGAUCAUUGACAGGCGAUGAGAAAAAGUGUAUGCAGGCACUUUCUUUCCCCUACCAGGAUCAAAAAGAUGUGAACCCAGAACGGGUAGAGGGGACAUGUGAAUGGUUCCUCCAACAUGAAAAGUUUCUUGCAUGGUGCCAAGAUACCACAAAAAAUCUUCUCUGGGUUACCGCAGGCCCGGGAUGCGGCAAAUCAGUUCUCUCUAAGGCAUUAGUGGAUGAGGGAUUGCUCCAUGCCGGGAAUCCAGAUACAAAGACGGCAUCAAUAUGCUACUUCUUCUUCAAAGAUGAUGCAGAGCGGGGGAGCGGGAUCAAUGCGCUUCGCUCUAUACUUCAUCAGCUCUUUAGGCAGAAGCCAUGGCUCAUAAAAGAACACGCAAUACCAGAUUACGAGAUUCACGGACCGAAGUUUCCUUUCAGGACGCUUUGGAAUAUUUUGAUCAAGGCUGCGUCGGAUGCAAACGCUGGCCCUAUCAUAUGUCUCUUCGAUGCGCUUGACGAAUGCGAACUGUCGAAUAGAAAUUCAUUAAUCAAUUAUAUCAGCAGUUUCCAUCGCGACUCGAAAACGUCCACCUCUAAACUCAAGUUCAUUGUCACCAGCCGGCCAUACAACGAACUCAGUAUAGAGUUCAAAGUUGAUGAUUUGCCUUCAAUCCAGCUCGAUGGAAAUGAAGUGUCAGAAAAUAUUUGUAGAGAGGUUGACCUUGUGAUUGCCAGCGAGAUCACCCGUAUCGGCAGCGGCCGCCGCCCUCCACUUAGCGAUGGAACCCAAACCAGCCUCAUACAGCAUCUUAAAACCCAUAAUAAUCGAACCUAUCUAUGGGUGUAUUUGAUGCUCCAAGAGAUUUCAAGAUCGCUUGAGUCAACAGAACGGAGGUUGACACGGCUCAUAGAAACAAUACCACUUUCUGUUAACGAAGCUUAUGAAAACAUUCUGAAAAGAGCAACGAAACCAUAUCAAGCCCAAAGGGUGUUACGUCUUAUUUUGGCAGCGGAGAGACCGCUAACCUUAAAAGAAAUGAACAUAGCCCUCGAGAUACUAGACAUGGAAGAAAAUGGCGACCACUAUAUCCCAAAGAGCGACCGAAAGUUAGAAUUAGACAGAACGGAGGCGGAAUUUCAAAGGAAGAUCGAGGAUUUCUGCGGCCUGUUUGUCAGUAUUGUUGAUCAAAAGAUAUAUCUAAUUCACCAAACGGCCAAAGAGUUUCUUACCAGCAACAACGGCAUCCUCAACUCUUGGAGUCCUUUGUGUUGGGAGAAUACAUUUGCACACGAGCUCUCGCAUUUAGAGGCGUUAAAAGCGUGUAUGUGGUACCUCCAACUUGAAUUUAGAACCAGUCGCUCUUUCCUCUCAUAUGCAUCAAUAAAUUGGACAUUCCACUUCCAACAAGCCGGAAAGUAUGCCGACGAAGAGUUGGGGAAGGAUGCGCUCCAACUCUGCGAUACUACGUCUCAAAGGUUCUCAUUAUGGUUUCGGGAACUUGGCCUGGAGCGUUGGGGUUUACCACCCGUGAAUAGUAACGAUUUAAUCAUUACAUGUACUUUCGGUCUUGUGACUGCUGUGAAACUUCUAGUCGAGGGGAAGUCUAAUGUCGAUGUCGACUCUAAGGGUGCUAGGUACGACCGGACGCCGCUAUCCUGGGCGGCAGCGAAUGGGCACGAGGUUGUCGCUAAGCUGCUGCUCGAGAAGGGCGCUGAGGUGGAUGCGAAGGACACAGAGUAUGGCCGGACGCCGCUAUCCUGGGCGGCAGGGAACGGGCACGAGGCCGUGGCUAAGCUGCUGCUCAAGACUCUCGAUAGGGGUGCUGAGGUGGAUGCAAAGGACACGUACGGCCAGACGCCGCUAUCCUGGGCGGCAGGGAACGGGCACGUGGCCGUGGCUAAGCUGCUGCUCCACAGGGGUGCUGAGGUGGAUGCGAAGGAUGACUACGGCCGGACGCCGCUAUCCUGGGCGGUAGGGAACGGGCACGAGGCCGUGGCUAAGCUGCUGCUCAAGACUCUCGAUAGGGGUGCUGAGGUGGAUGCGAAGGAUGACUACGGCCGGACGCCGCUAUCCUGGGCGGCAAGGAACAGGCACGAGGCUGUGGCUAAGCUGCUGCUCGAGCAGGGCCCCGAGGUGGAUGCAAAGGAUACGUACAGCCAGACACCGCUGUUUUAGGCGGCAGGGAACGCGCACGAGGCCGUCGUGCAGCUUUUACUUAGGCGAGGAGCUUUGGUAGUAGAGGAUAUUUAGGCCUUGUAGCGCUAUUUACACUUUGAUCAUUAUCCACUUAACUUUUCCCACCGACCUCCAAAGUUUAGCCUCUUG